AUGUACAACUCGUACAUUUAAAAGCAGUAAUUUCCGAGGGUAGUGUGAACGUAGCACUUCUUUCACCGGUGUACUGUCGUUCGAAAGUCGUCAUUCAUCCAAUUCCUGGCGGAAACAUCAGAAAACCAGAAGCAUCAAUGGACGUCGCUCAUGAAAUCAGUCUGCUGGUGGAGGAGAUUCAGCGGCUUGGCAGUAAAAAUGCCAGUGGGCAGACCAGCGUGAAGUUCGGGGUGUUGUUCAACGACGACCGCUGUGCCAACAUCUUCGAGGCCCUGGUGGGAACCCUGAAGGCCGCCAAGAAGAGGAAAGUGAUCAGCUUCCAGAGCGAGCUGCUUCUGCAGGGCGUCCACGACGACGUGGACAUUGUCCUGCUCCAGGAAUGAGAGCCGGGAUUGGCCCCGCCCCCUUCAGGAGCAGCUGGUCAGACAAAAUCCGUCUUAGAUCUGGAGCUCCUGCGCUUCCCCACCUGCUCUCUAAGUUCAUGGGAGUCUUUCUGAAUGUGCUAAAACAGAGUGGGAUUACAAUGUGAUUGGGUUUUAGUGUAUGAAUAUGAUUUGAUAUUUGUGAGCUCGGCGGUUUUUGGAGCGGUCACACGUGUUUUUGACCUUUUUCUGGAAUGGCUGCCCGCAACAGUUUCUGAACCAGACAGACCAAACCCCCCCCCCAAAGACUUCUACUCUUUCACCUGUAAGUAAUGAGUCAGAAAACCUGUCAUUUGGUGAACUGAGAAGCUAAUUCUCUGUGGAAUUGACCAUAAACGAAGUGCUACCUCACACUCGAACAUGUUUUUUUUUUUGUUUUUAUUUUGCUGUUCAGUGUGCUGCUCUCUAAAAUUCAAACCUUUCAUAACAGAUGGCCAUCCUUUUGACCUACCUGCAGCCUCCUCUUCACUCCACCUGGAUGCGAAGUCUUUAACGUCAUUAAACAUAAACAAACCUCUAAAUUUAGAUGACUUGCUGCCAAAUCCCAGACCAGGGGUGGGCAAACUUUUUGACUCGUGGGCCACAAAGAGUUCUAAAGUUUGACAGAAAGACCGAACCCGGAGCAGAUGCAUGGAGGGAUUUAGUAAUCCACCUCAUCAGAGAAAAAAAUGGUGCCAAUUGCACCAACGGGUUGCUGUCACUCAGCGAAAAAACGCUGCGUUCGUGUGGUGUGGGAAUUAUUGGAAAAAUGCCUCUCUCAUUCGGGAAAACAUCAAAAUCAACAAAUCUCCCAAAACCACGUAAAUGUAGAAUAACUUUCUGUAUCCAAAAGUGCACCAUCUAUAAGGACACACCAGUAUUAGAGGGGAAAAAAAAACAUUUUCAAGGAUUAUCAAUAUACGGUAAGGUUUUCCAAUUUGGUAGGUCAGAUGAUAUCGUUUAAGGGGCCACAUGUGGCCCCCGGGCUGAGUUUGUCCACCCCGGGCCUAUUAGUACCAAUCAUAAAGCUAGUUGAUGUUAGUUUUGAUGCUAAGAAAGGAUUAUGCUCAUUUUAAAUCUUAAAUAUAAUUUAAAAUGUAUUUUUUUUUUCCAUUGGAACUUUUCUGAGAUUUGAACCUCGUUUGUUUCCGCAUCAUGUCAUGCAGUUUAAAUCUUAAGUCAUGUCAAGAGCCAUUAAAUUUACUUCAUCGCUAAGUUGUAAAACUCCAAUAGUAUUUGAAAAUUGCCUUAACUGCAAAUUAGACGUUUCCAUCAUUUGUAGAAAAAGUGACAAUAAGUCUGCUGGACGGUCCAUCGCAGCAUAACAUCAAAAGCAAAACAUCUUCUGAUCCUUUUAGAUUAGCGCUUAGCCAAACGAGUGACGAUGGCGUAUAAAAAGCAACAUUUUUACUGUUUACAUGCGUAAAUAAAAGAUGGGUUUGGGGUUCAGGGUUUGAGCGACGCUGAGUCGGAGCCUUCAUGAAGCCUCCAUUGCAUUUCUACUUGUGCCUUGUUCCUUGCAUGGCUCCUUAAGAAAAGUACUCAAGUAGCAUGCUAGCUGAACCAUUAGCAUGCUAACCUGAGUUCAAAAUGUUAGCAUGUAGUGUUAAACUCCAGUGAAGGUUUGAGGCUAAAUGAUUUAUUUUCAUUCCAGAUUUAAUUUUUUUCACAUUAAGUCCACUUUUGUUUCUAUUUUUUGAUAUGUUCAGUCCAUUUUGGAGUCUUGCAUAUGAUGUUCCACAUUUCAGGGAGCUUUUCUCGCCAGUGUUAAACAUUUUUAACCCAAUCUAUUGCUAUAAAGCAAAACUUUAAAAAAAAAAUAAACGCGUCUUUUUUUUUUUUUUUUUAAGAAUGAAAAUUAAAUCAAAACAGUCUCAAAGCAGUGUCAUGGAUUGAUGUAACACGCUUACAUUUAAGUUGCCGUUUUAUGAAAGUUAAUCGUUGGAAUGUUUUUGGUGGUCGGAUUUUAUAAAGUAUAACUUUAGUAAACUGAUUUAAUAUAAAAAUAAAGGAGUUGGUAAGAAAGGGGAAUGUUACGUCCCAGGACGUUUUGCUUUGUGUGGUUUUCUUUUUGUGUGUCUUGCAAAUGUCAGUGUGCAGGUGCCGGACUGUGAUUGGUGUGGUGCUCCAGCACUGGAAGUGGAUUGGCUGCCAGAAAUCACUCCUGGAAUCACACCUGCUAUAAAAGGAACCAGGAAGAAGACCAAAGGAGGCUCAUUUGACAUUUCCCACCUCUCCCAAAACCAGCUAUAUAGAGUUUAGAGAUGUAGGAGUGGACUGCCAUUUACUUUGACUCAUGUUUUCUCAUGUUUAUGUUAUGUUAGGGAGGUAAGUUGUUGUCUUUUGGUUUAUGUUGUUUUACUAGGUAAGAUUUGGGUUCUUGUUAGGUAGGUCAAUUUUUGUUUGUUAUUUUGGCCUAGGUCCACUCUGAAGUAAAUACUCUAGCUCUCAUGUUUCAAUCAAAAUAAAUCUCUUAACUUGCUUUAAGUGUGCUGGCUUUUGAGACUGGAGGGAGAUGGGGCUUCAUUUUUGUGUUGCGUCCUUUUUGGGCCACUACUUUUUGGGCGUAACAGGAAUAGGAGGCGUUUUUUUUUAAACAUUGGGACGUAUAAUCCUAAACUAUCUUUUUAUUAAGGUGUAAAAACCAUUUGAUCCCUUUAGCUUCAUUUGGACCAAACUGUUGUGCACAAAGUUCUGGUCUCAGGAAUCUCUCAGGCACAAAUUGAUGUAAAACUAGGGGCAGUUUUGGGUAAAAAAGAAACAAUAAGAGAGUGGUAAUUCUUGCAUUUCAGCUAAAUCUAUUCUGCUUUCUACAUCAUUGAAUUGUUUUGCCAAUAUUAUUUUCUGGUGGCGGGAGUGGAAACCUUUUCGACUUGUGCUUACUUGUGUUUUAAGAUGUAAAUUAAAUGAAUUUUUGGUGUCAAAACAAAGCAAAACAACCUGCAGUAGCUGUGUUUCCAUUGAGUAGGAAAUUGUGCAAAUUGGACUUGCGAUAAUAAUUUGGCCACAACAAUUUUGAGGAAAAAAAUGCAUUUAUUGAAAAUAGUUUUUUUGCGUUUGGUGGAGGGGGUUUUGAGGCAUAUCGAAAUGGACAUUAUUGACAAAACGGCAAUGGAAACGCUAUUUCAAAUUAAAUGAGUUGUGACCAACAACAGGGUGGCAAUGUGCUUCUUGCUGCUUGUGGCGCUGCACGGCGGGCGCCACAAGAGGUCCCAUGGCAUCACAGAUCCUCAAAAGUUGAGCGUGUCGUGUGGAAUGGUUGGAUCCAAAGCUCCUUUGUAAAAUCACCAUUUCCCAAAAUCACCUUAUCCUUUGCCGCUCCACGGCCUGAAUAAGACGCCGUCAUCUCCUUUGAUAGAUGAUGAUGAGCGCUAGAGGCGUGGGAGAAAUGUGAAUGUAUCUGCUGUCAAUCAAAGUAUUGUUCACAUCCUUCGGCAUGUUUCUGAAUGACGUAUCGCGAGAGUUGGUUUGUCUUUAUUUGCAUAAUAUACGAUUUAAUGGAAACAGUCUUUUUCGACAUGUUUAGAAUUUUGAUAAAGUAUCAUGGAAACGCAGCUAAUCAGAACUCUCGAAGUUUUUGGUCCACAGGUUUUUUUCUGAUCUCACCAUCAAGUAUUCUGAUCUAGACAAACUCAGUGCUGCUGUGGGACACCAUCAGUGCCAUUCAAUGGCUGUCCCAUUUACUGUUUAAUGAACCGGUCUACUGUAGACCUAAACAGUAAGUUAGUUGAGCGUUUUGGAUGCCAUCAUUGAAACCGUGACUGUAGAGGGGGAAGUGCAUUUUCUGAAGCGCUUGGAGCUGGGGUUUUUAACAUGUCACUACUUGCAGAAAGACUUUUUACUGGAGCUUUCUACGAGUUUGUAAGAAUCUUCCCUGGCUUAAACACUUUAGGAACAAGCACAGAAUGUAUUUUUUGUGCACUUUUUAUCUUUGUGUGAUUGCAGCACAGCUGGUGCCACAUGUGGAGCAGAAUUAGUGAGGAUUCUCAGGACAAAAUUUGCACAACCAAAAAUAUCUUUGAUCUGGGGGAUGUGUGUUCACAGGGAUGGAUGUUAAAUAAAAAAAAUCAAAUGGGAUGUGUGACCAAUUUGUGUAAUUUUUUUCCCCUAAAAAACCUUUUGUAAUUUUUGUGAUUAAGCUAACUGCUUUUUCCAUUCAAAAAGUCUGUGAAAACAUGAUUCAAAAAUUAUUAUUUCAAGUAGAAGAUGAUAAAAGUGCAAACAGUUUGGGUAUUAAAUCAUAUUUUUGAAACUUUUCAGUCAGAUUUGCUUUAUUUUUAGCAGAAACUGAAUCUUACUAGUUUUUGUUUAUUAUAAAACAGAUUAAAAGCAGGAAAAAGUAACUAAAUGUUUGGAUUUAUCAUCUGAAAGACAUUUAACACAUUAUUAAAAAAAAUCAUAUGAAUUGUGAGUUCUGCUUCUUAUGCCGGGAGUUUUUCACGUUUUUUUCUUCCAUUUCAAUGUAAAAAAAACAACUUAAAUUACUAUAUAUGGUACUAAAACCUGUAAGCGUUUUUUUGAACCUCUGCAUAAUGUGUUGAAAGAGUCUGCUCUGUCUGAUGGUUUUAUAAAAAGAAGCAUCAUAACUACUGAAAACACUCCAACCAAUAAAAUCUUUGUGCUUGAGCCUUUUAAAGUGA